AACGUUUUGUUAUGUUUUUUAUAUUUUAUAAUAAUCAACAAAAAUUUGAGUUAGAUUAUUGAGAUUUUGUAAUUCUUUUACAGUUAACAGUAAUACAAUUAUUUUCUAUCAAAAAUAUUUAUGUAACAUUAGUGUUUUUUAAAACAUUAACCUUUUUUAUUUAUUAAAUUUCAUCAUUUAUCUGCCUAGCGUAUCAAAGUACAAUACAAUAAACAUGGAGGAUUUAAGAAGAUAUUUAUACCAAACCUUAACUAAGGUUGAAGGUCUUUACUCAAUUCUGAUAUCUGAUCAUGAUGGUGUUAUUAUUUUAAAAGCCCAUGCCAAUAAAUCAUCUGAACAAAAUUCAAAUUACAAACAUUCAUUUUUAUCAGAAUUUAAUUCUGCAUCAGAACAAGCAGGGAAAUUAGAACUUGGAAAAAAUAAAACAGUGAUUUGUUUUUAUACAAACAACCAAGUAGUCCAGUUAAAUUGCUCAAGAUUCUUAAUUACAUUUGUGGCUUCUGAAAAAGCAAAUACUGGUAAUAUAUUAGGGCUAGAAAAAGUGCUGGAGCCAUUAUUGAAGGAUUUACAAGCUAUACAGUUUCCUUAAUUGUUUUAUUAUUAUUAAUAUUAUUAUUACAUUAUAAUAUUUAAUAUGAUAAAUCUUUCCUUUCAUAUUAAUGAUUAUUAUUUUAUUCUAUUUAAUAUUUUUAUUCUGCACUUUCAAGAAGUUUAAUGGCGAUUGUGUAUUGUGUUAUUGUUGUUACUACAAAUUAAUAAAAUACUAACAAUUUUACUUUGAUAGUUUUAUUUAUAAGCAAUAAUUGAAAUUGUUUUUAUAAAAUACUAUUUUGUACAAAUAUUAGGAAAAUAUAAAAUUUCUUUGUAUUCAAUAUAUGCAAAAUAUGUUAAA